AUGCAGGUCUCUUGGCUCGCUGGAUAUGCUGUGGAACAAGCAGCAUACAACCAUGGUCAGCAGAGUGCCGAGGAUACAAUAAUCAGCAUGGCUCAUGAUUUCGUGGGCAGUAACAACUUAAACCUCUUGAUGCCCCUUGGUAAAUUUGGUAGUAGGGAUCAGGGAGGCCUGGAUAAUGCUGACGGUUGUGACUUGUUUACAUGUAUAUCCCUUGUGACACGCCUUCUGCUCCCUGAGGCGGAUGAUAUUUUGCUUAACAAUUUGGAAGAAUCUGGACGCUCAGUUGAACCCAUAUGGUACAUUCCAAUCAUUCCCAUGGUUUUGGUCAAUGGAAGUAGACGAUGCAAUAGCAGUGUUCCAAGCUAUAACCCAAGGGACAUCAUUGCUAACUUGAGACGAUUACUUAAUUAUGAGUGCAUUGAACCAAUGGACCCAUGGUAUAGGGGCUUCAAGGGCCGUAUAGAGAAGACAGGUGCAACAGUCGAAGGCAGCACAUACAGCACCACUGGUGUUAUAGAUGUUCUCGACGAGCAUGCAGUGCAUAUCACAGAAUUGCCAAUCCAUUGCUGGACGUUGGAUUAUAAAGAUUUUCUGGAAUCUUUCGUGUGUUGUAACACCAAGGAACUAUAUAUUGAGAUGGUCCGUUUGAUUCGUCAUGAUGAUACAAGUUUUGAGUUUAAAUUAACGUUGGACAAGGAGAAUAUGGAAAUAGUUGUGCAAGAAGGUUUGGAGAAGAAACUUAACCUCAUAACAGCAGUUGGAACAACAAACAUGCGCCUAAUUGACAGGACUGGUCUAACUAUCCGAAAAUAUAAGACCCCGGAAGAAAUUCUUGAAGAGUUCUUUGACCUGAGGCUUGAAUACUAUGAGAAAAGAAAGAAAGUGCAACUGGAGCCUCUUAACCUCGACUUGCUGAAGAUCUCUAACAAAGUUAGGUUCAUUCUUAAUGUCGGCCAUGGUGAUAUCACAGUAAUAGACAGGGAGCUAGAUGAUUUGGUUCUUGAACUUCAAAGGAAGGGAUUUGCUCCAUUCCCAGAAACCAGCAAGAAGCCUGAAGGUGUGAGAAGUAUCAGCGCAAGAGACUACGAGUACCUCCUCUCGAUUCCAAUUAGUAGCAUGACUCGAGAAAAAGUGCACGAGCUCUAUGCUGAAACGUCCAAGUUAGAGGAAAAAAUAAAGGAGGUCAGAGGAGCAACGCCAAGAUUGCUCUGGAUGAAAGAUCUUGAUGCUCUUGAGGCCGAACUAGAUAGGCUUGACAUUGAAGCGCGGAAUAUGCAUCACAGACGUGGAACCAAAAGAAUGAAUACGGCUAAAAAGAAGGCUGCCACAAAUGAUGGUAGGAUUGGAGUUUGUAAAUCUGUGAAAGCGAAACCAGCCGCACAAAAGGGGAGACCUAAGAAGUUGCCUGUGGUCGAGAUUGUCGAUGAUGAGUGCAAUGAGGCGCCCCUGCCAGAAGCUCUGCUGGCUGACAAUGUUCUGGACUCCUUUUCAGGUCAUACAGAAGAAGAGCAGAAGAAAGGAGAUACAAGUAGGAAGGUGCCAAGUAAAACAGGAGCCGGGAAGGGAAGAAAGCCCGGGUUGACAGCGGUAGCAACACCAAAAGCCGUGACUCGGGGCGCGGUCGCAGCAAGAAACAAGGUGACGGCAGCAGCAGUAACAUCUGAUGGUCAUUGUAAUGAUGCCAAGGCACACAUGGAGACCGAGAUGGUAGCAGAGGAGGGCGGGGGGCGAGCUCGGACCGUCUCGUCGACGAGCACCGGAGACUCUGCACCAAGGAUGAGGCUAACGAGGAGGAAAAGUAAGAAGGUACAGCGCGCCGGAUGA